CGCUGUGUGGCGAGACGCGCAAUUAUCUCACAGUGACCGGUGAGCUUUUCAAACGCGACUCGCAAGGAGAGCAGAUCGAUCCCCCGGUGCAAUAACGACUGCCUUCCUGGACGCCUCAAGGGUUGCUUAUUCUUCAAUCUCGGACGACGCUGAUUACGUCGAAGAGGAGACACGAAACAUGGAGUCCGCGAUCGGGAAUCUCGAGGAGAGCGUGCAGAAAGCCGACGGGAAGCUGGACAUGAUCGCGUGGCAGAUAGACGAAUUCGAGAAGGCCUUCGAGGACCCGGAAGACAAGAUAUCUGUGCUUCGCCUAUUACACUCUGUCCAUCAGGUUACGAAAGAUUAUCAGAAUCUCCGUCAAGAAAUUUUGGAGGUUCAACAGUUACAAAAACAGCUUUCCAAUUCACUUAGAGCUCAGCUUACGCAGGUGCACGGACACUUUAAUUUAUUGCGCAAUAAGAUUGUAGGACAAAAAUCGCCGCAGCUGAAAUACUUUGAAAAGUCAAAUUGCCUGGGAUCUGUAUCAUCCUCGCCUCGCGUCGGAGCGUGCCGUGAAUGUGGACGAACGCCCCGUUCUAAUAACCUACUCCCACACCGCCGAUCGGCCGGAGUGCUCGCUCGGUCGGUCGGUCCCCCGAGUCGAAGUCGGGUUCAGUCGUCUAGCGACCGGUUCCGAGGUCCGGGCCCUGUUCGCCGCACGGGUCUGACUCACUGCCGCGGCCGAUGCGAGAGUAGUGCCGCGGGAAAGCAGGGCCUUCGCUUCUUUCGCACGAACAGAGGCUGGCUCGUUUCGCGAUCGAACAUGCGUUUCCUCGUGCUUGGCCUGACAUUAAUCGUAAGCCUGCUAGUCGUUAGAAGGGUUUCUGCCCAUGGAAGACUGAUAGAGCCACCCUCGAGGGCCUCCAUGUGGAGGUACGGCUUCGACACACCUCACGAUUACAACGACCACGAGUGCUAUUGCGGCGGAUUCACCAGGCAGUGGCAGCGAAACAAAGGGAAAUGCGGCAUCUGCGGCGAUCCCUGGGAUUCUCCAUCGCCACGUGUUCACGAGACGGGCGGCAAGUAUGGGAACGGCGUGAUCGUUCGGCGCUACCGGACCGGAUCGGUCAUACCGGUCCGCGUGGAGCUGACGGCGAAUCAUCACGGCUACUUCGAGUUCCGCACCUGCGCCAUGACCUACCGUGACCGGGAGGUCACCCAGGAGUGCCUGGAUAAGCACUUGCUGAGCGCCGAGAACGGAUCCACCCGUUAUUACCCUGGCCCCGGCAACCGGGUCUUCGAGGGCUACUACAAAUUACCGGACGGUCUGACCUGCGCCCAAUGCGUCUUCCAGUGGCGAUACGUCGCCGGGAAUAACUGGGGCGAAUGCGGCAACGGCACAGGAGCGGUGGGAUGUGGGCCUCAGGAGGAAUUUCGAGCGUGCGCCGACAUCGUCAUUGGUGAUAACGAAGCGGCGUUACCGCCGAGGCUACCGAAGCAGCCGACCAUCGCGCCCACGGACGGGCUGCCGACGGACGCGUUGCCGAAAUCCGGGCCGUAUUGGCUGUUCAGCGUUGUCAUCGCUGGUACGUGCCUGUUGGUGGUGCUGGCUGCUAUGGCGUUGCUUUACACGUACUACUAUCACGCCGGUAGAGCCAAAAAGUGGCUCAUGGCGAGGAGACUCCUGGCGCAGGAGAGUCCGCCGGUUGCCCCGCCGAGGCACAAAAGGCAUCAUCACGUAUCGAACACGCAGCUUCAGCUGUAGAACUCUGUACUUAACUGUCAGUAUCGCACCCCUGGAGAAAGAAUAGAAGCUCGAAGGGAUUCCCCGAUCAAUAUGCGAUAUCGUCGUACGAGGUACAUUUCGUCCUAAAUUCUAGAGCCUGAUGUUCAGACGUGAGAUAAGACGCAUAGAUAGUGUUCAAUCAUGAAACAGACUGCAUUUCAAGCGAUAUAUCUUCAUAUACUCUCUCUCUCUUGUAUAUACAUACAUCAAUAAUUUUAUAUAUACGUAUUAAAAGUAUUUAUUUUAUAUAAUCGUUUAUCUCUUGUGAUAUAUUUUUUCCUAUAUCUUAACAUGAAAUGAAAAGAAAUUGAUUUGUACGAACAAUUUAGAUUGACUAAUACUAAAUUAGUAAUUGUGUAUCUCUAUGAAUUGUGGCAUCUCCAAAAACAUAAAAUCUUAAAAAAAAAACGUACAUUUGCAUAUGUAAAAAAAAAAAAUUUAAAAAGUAAAGUAUUGAUACAUCCGCAUACAGAAUAUAUAUGAAAGUUUUUAACGGAAUUUUGUAGUCACCGCACAUUUGAUUUUUUUUUUUUAACAGCACAUGUAUAUCAAUAUACAUAUAUAACGCACUUUUGCCAGAUGAAUUUUUAACGGCAGAACUAAUCACUGUAACAGUAUUACUAACAUAUAAGUUUUUAUGUUGAUACGUAGCCGAUAUAAGUUUUAAAAUCAAUGCAAUAUCAAUAGAUCGAGAAAAAACAUGAUCGUA